AUGGACUCGACGGCCAGUCUACGAUGCGAUUCGAGCCCAAAUCCUGUCGACAUUGGCCACAUGCGGGCGUUACGCACCACGGCACCAGGCCAGCGACUGAAGCAGUCAAUCAAAACACCUUCUGACGACUGGACCUGCUCAACGACCACGUCUUACACGCUGGCGUCAUAUCCCCAGCGGUUGGUGGGCUUCAUGAGCUGGCACGACAGCAGAUUUUGCGCCGCUGAGCAGCCGGCGCAUUCCAGCACACGUCUGAUCGGCUACCCCCACAUCCGUACACCACCAGCUUCACGCCUGGUGGUGCACAGCCGGCGUCUCGAAGUGUAUACGACUUCAUCUGGCAGAGUGCAGACCGCAGCCUUGUCUUCCCACCGAUCUUCGCAUUCUAACGACCGUCACGACAUUUACGAGACCACGACCUCGAACUCACACCAGCAACGCCAGCAGCAGCCCUCUCCUGCGCCAUCCUCUCAUCGUCUGCGACGCACGCCUAAAUUCGAGGCGACCCCCAGCCCGGAUUCCCAGGCUCACCUCGCGGCUGCUCCCGUCGGCUCCAACCCGAGAUCACGCCACAGGCAGAAUCUGUCCCAGAACUUCUCGGAGGACCCAGAUGAGAUUGCCUCAGAGCGCUCUCCACCUCGCGCAACAGACGUGCCCCCAGAAACCGAACUUCCUCAUCCCGUCGUUCGGGUCUCCAGGCAUACUCAAAGUGCCAUUCUCUAUGCUCUAGAGGUUUCUCGGCACCCCAACCCCUUCACGCCUGACCUUGUCGAGGAGACUGCAGAGAUGGCGGAUAUCUCAGCGCCCCCAGAAGGACAUGGCGGCGGCAAUGGCAAUGGCCUGGCAGCUCCGCGCCGACCUCCUCAGCCAACCGGAUCUCCUUCGGGAAUUCGGGGUCCUAGAAUGAUCAUGGCGGAGCGUGCGGCCAGAGAAGCCCGCCAAAAGGCCGAAAAGGCUGAAGCAGAGAGGGCAAGGCUGGAGCGCGCGCGAGCAGAGCAGGAAGUUCGACUAGAAGAGGAAGCGCAGCGGAGAGCAGCAGAGCAACGCACUGCUGCUGGUGUUGCUGCAGGCCAGAACCAGACUUCUGGCCAACAGCGUCCACAAUACAAUGAACCUCAGCGUCCAUCACAUGUCGCCGAAGCCAUGCAGCCUAUCCCCGCUGCGCCCACUACACCGCAACCAACCACCCAUCGACGUUCGAAUUCGGCGGCCUACGGCCAGAACCAGCAAAUUCCUUCCCAGGUCUACUCGGGACAGAACCAGCAGCAAACAUCGCAACCUCCGCUACAGCAAGCUUCCGUACCCUCCCAAACGGUCGAACCGCCUCCAUUGGCCGGCGCUGCGGGUAGCUCGAAGCCGCGCAACUCAUUCCCGCACGCCUUUGAGCGUUGGGAGACUCUAUCUGCACACUGGGAGGGUUUGACGAGCUACUGGAUUCGCAAACUGGAGCAGAACAAGGAGGAACUCAACCGAGAUCCGGUAAGCAGUCAACUGUCGCGGCAAGUCACCGACCUCUCUGCGGCCGGCGCCAACCUGUUCCACGCCGUGGUCGAGCUGCAGAGGCUACGGGCAAGCUCAGAGCGCAAGUUCCAACGGUGGUUCUUCGAGACGCGGCGUGAGCUCGAGCAGGCCAAUGAGCUCAACUCGAUACUGAAGAACGCGCUCGAGCAAGAGCGGCAGGGUCGAGAAGAAGCCGUCCGCGAAGCUCUCGAGAAGCAUGAAGGCUCACCCCGCGACAAAGAGAGGAUCCUGGAAAUGAAGAAAGAGUUGGCCAUUUCCAAGGAUGAAGCCCGACGCGCCUGGGAGGAGCUCGGUCGGCGCGAACAGAUUGAAAGAGACCGCACACUUUCACUGCAAGCUGGCCACCCCACGGUUGUGGGUGGUGUCCAGGUCGUCCCCAUGACGCACGGGGCCCCUGGGCGGCAGACGAGCGCGCGAGAUCCUCAUCAGUAUCAAUAUGCGCCUGAGCAGCCCCCUUCCGGGCACGCCUCGCCUGACCCGGCGAGUCAGCAGCAGCAUCAGCAGCAGCAUCAGCAGCCACAGCACUCGCGUCAGCAACCUCCGCAGGGCAGCUACAGCGAAGGUGAGUUUGUGACCGACGUCCAAGGCCGUCCAGUCUACGACGUCCGCGGGAACAGGAUUCCCCUCGCUGCGCCGUCCAGUUGCUCGGGUUCUGAUGCCGAACUAGAAGAAUACGACACGCCUGCAACAACCAACCCACCGAGCGGGACAUAUGAUUCUCCCGCCUCGGGACCACCGGGGGGUGGCCAACAGCAACAGCAACAGCACCAGCAGCAGUGGUCGGGGAACUACUCGGAGCCACAAGACUACUCAGGACAGGCGUAUGGAGCGCCUAGUUGGAGUGAGCCUAGAGACGCGCCCCGGCACUACCAUCCCACUCGUCUCAGCGACGUAAUCGAAGAGGAGGACGAGAGGAGCCGCACGAGUGGGGGGCAGAUGAGCCGCGGCUAA